AUGGAGAUUUCAAGCACUUUUAAUGUUGCUGACCUAUAUGCAUUCUAUGAAGAUGAUCCGCUCUAUCCAGAACAUAACUCGAGGUCGAGUUCUUCCAAAGUAGAAAGGACUGAUGUAGAACACUUGGCCAAAUUGAUCGAGGGACAGCUAGAUAGGCUCGCAACGUCGUCAUGGCAGAAAAGCCCAAUUUGUGCAAGUAUGGGCCUCAAGCUUAGAAUUGGGCACAUGACCUAUUGUUUCGAAGAGAAUGGCGUGACAAGUAUAACUCACUAUUUCAUUGCGAAGUAUGGGCUAUUUUAG